AUGGCUGUGUGUUUGUUUGCUGAAACGUGGAAAUGGGGAACAUUCUCUUAUUUUUUCUUUGUGUCAUGUUCGCAGCCGAGUUCGUACUACCUGCACUUCGUCACCUCUAGCUAUUUGAACGAGAUUUAUGCGCAGCUCCCCGAGCCUAAAUCGGUUUGGGAAUACUUCCUCAAGGUGACCCAGAUUCCUCGUGGAUCGAACCAGGAGGGAGAGAACUGGCGCCACAAGCAGAUUCUCGCGUUUCUGAAGAAGACCGCCGAGGAUCUUGGCUAUGAAACCUAUGUGGAUAAGGGCGACAAUCUGAUCGUCCGCAAGCCCGCCUAUCCAGGUUGUGAGAACAAGCAGACGGUGUGCCUCCAGUGCCAUAUGGAUAUGGUCUGCCAGGCAGAUGACGAAAUUGACAUCGAUUUCACCAAAGAUCCUAUUAUUCCGCGCAUUGACGGCAAGUAUCUGAAGGCCACGCACACCUCUCUGGGUGCUGACGAUGGCAUCGGUAUUGCCACCUGCUUCGCUGUCCUCGCUGACAAGACCAUCAAGCACGGUCCCUUGGAAAUCCUCGUCACGCGCGACGAGGAGACCGGUCUGUACGGCGCCAGCGAUCUGGAGCCGGGCAUUCUGAAGGCCACGACGCUCAUCAACGUGGACAACGAAGACGAGAACGCGAUCUGCAUCGGCUGCGCGGGCGGCUUCAACGUGGAGCUCCGCCUCCCCACGGUGCGUCAGAUCGAAGAAGGCUUCGUCUCGCGCGAGCUGGUACUGAACAACUUCGUGGGCGGUCACUCUGGCUGCGACAUCCACCUCGGCCGCGCCAAUCCGAUGCACGUGCUCGGCCGCCUCCUCGCGGCGCUCCCCGACGCGGACUCCUACCGCGUGCUCUCUCUGGAGUGCGGCACUGCGCACAACGCGAUCCCUCGCAAGUGCGUGGCGCGCCUGGCCGUCCGCGCCGCGGCGGUCGACGCCGUGGAGACGCAGCUGCGCGCGGCGUUCGCGGCGUUCGCGCACGAGUACGCGCUCAUCGAGCCGACGGCGAGCUUCGCGCUGCAGGCGGUGGAGGACGCGCGGCCGCCGUGCGACAAGCAGUCGACUCAGCGGCUGGUAGGGUUCCUGAACGCGUGCCCGUUCGGGCCGCAGCGAUUCUCGCCGGUGGUGGAGGGCCUCGUGGAGACGUCGAUGACGUGCGCGAUCGGCACGACGGAGGAUCUGGACUGCCUGAAGUUCACGGUGUCGGUGCGGUCGUCGUCGAAGUCGCAGAUCGACUUCAUGUAUCGAAAGCUGGAGUGCCUCUGCGCCAUGGCGGGGAUGGCCAUCUCUCAGCGCAUCGGAGAGUACCCGGGAUGGGACCCCGAUCCCGAGUCGAAGGUCACCAAGGUGAUGGAGAAGAUUUACGCGGAGCUCUAUGGAAAGCAGCCAUGGGUCUAUGCGUGCCAUGCCGGACUCGAGUGCGGACUGAUUAUGCAGAAGUACCCGGGAAUGGACUGCACGUCCGUCGGACCCGAAGUCAACUUCCCGCAUUCCCCCGAUGAACGAUGCCUGAUCUCUUCGGUCCCGCCCUUCAUGGAGGUCAUCCGAAGAACGCUGGAGGAGUUGGAGUAAGGCACUCGCGCUAUGUG